ACACACACACACAGCAUGAAAAGGAAGAGUUUGGUUUUCUUCUGGUUAGAGAUAUCACGCGAGUGUAAAUACCUGCCUGAAAAUGAUCUCAAACAGCCUGUUAGUACACCAGUCACAGUAUGUGGAGACAUCCAUGGGGGGCAGUUCCAUGAUUUGGAGGAACUGUUUCGAUGCGAUGGCCAGGUACCAGAUACAAACUACAUAUUUAUGGGAGAUUUUGUCGAUCGCGGCUAUUUUAGUUUAGAAACUCUCACUCGACUUAUGACGCUCAAGGCACGAUACCCGGACCGAAUCACAUUAUUACGUGGAAAUCAUGAAUCACGACAAAUAACCAAAGUCUACGGCUUCUAUGAUGAAUGUUUGAGCAAAUAUGGUAACUCAAAUGCAUGGAAAUAUUGUUGUCGUGUUUUUGAUUUACUUACCAUUGCAGCCUUAAUUGAUGAGGAUAUUUUGUGUGUUCAUGGUGGAUUGAGUCCUGACAUUCGAACCCUAGAUCAAAUUCGCAUGAUUGAUCGUAACCAAGAAAUCCCGUACAAAGGUGCCUUUUGCGAUUUGGUGUGGUCGGAUCCAGAGGGGGGCGCCGGUUGGCUGUUCGGUGCUCGUGUUACGCAGGAUUUUAUGGAGAUUAAUAAUUUGGAUUUGAUUUGCCGGGCUCAUCAGCUGGUGCACGAGGGCAUCAAGUAUAUGUUCGAUAAUCAACUGGUGACCGUUUGGUCGGCACCCAAUUACUGCUAUCGAUGCGGUAAUGUUGCAUCCAUACUGAGCUUCAAAACAUCCAAAGAACGUAAUCCAAUCAUAUUCAAAGCCGUGCCCGACUCGGAACGUGUUAUACCAACGCAACAAAUUACACCGUACUUUUUGUAGAUUGUCGAAUACAGACAAUAACAACAACAAAACACACACAAAGACACGAAUUUGGUUAAUUCCUUUUUUUUUUAAAUUGCAUUUUCUUUGUUAGAAGAGAUUGCAUUCUAUCAAUUUGUUUGACGCUUGGCUCACAUCGGUCGCGCCAUACAGACCAACAACUCAAAUAAAUGAAUGUAGAAUACAAUCGAAUGUUUUUGAUAGAGUAGCAAACGAAGGAAACCAUCACCGACUAGGCUAGGAAUUUCAAUUUAUUCUGGUUUUGUAAAACAAACUGAAAUCGAAACAAACACAAUUGAAUGUUGAAUUAAACAACAACAAAACAAGUAAUAAAAUUAGCGUAAUGACUGUAGGGAUGAUACAAUUUUUUGAAUGGAUUAAAAAUGAUUUUUUCCGCUCUUCGUAUGAAUGAGACAUAAUUUUUUAUGUUACGAUGCAAAUGAGAGGCGUAUCAUGCAACGUACGUGUUUUUUCUUUUCACUUCAAUUUUACGAACUAAAAUUGUUUUCAUAUUCAGUUUUCGUUGUUGUUUUUUUUUUUGUACCAAGAAAUUGUGGAACUUUUGUCCUGCCAAUUUCUUCCGGCAAAAACGGAGAAAAACAAACAUAUUUGUAAACAUGUACAAAUCAAGCCAACCCAAAAAAAAAUUGUUCAUAUAGAUUCUACUUCAAAAUCAUAUUUGUAUCGCCAGUUAACAAUGUUUCUAUGAUGAAAAAAAAAAACCAUUUAGUUAAAAUAUAUUUCUUAAUUGAA